AUGGUUGUCCCUCUCAGUUCUAUCCCUCCAUCUCGCGGUAAGAUCUUCUCAAAACCACCCUCAGCUCAGAUCUCUCAAAUUGGUCGCUGGUUGUUUAUUCCCUUUUUUUUGGAUGGAGCAGAUGGGUUUUACGCUAUCAACAACCAGUUUCUAGCAAACGGGCCAAAAGGGUUUCAGGAGAUGAAGACGUUGGAGAAGGAGGACAUGUUUAUUCGGAUUGACUUUCCGGGCGUUCCAGAAGACGGCGUGAAGGUUGUUGUUGAUUCGACCAAGAAAGCUGUGACUGUCUUCGCCCACGCACCAAAGGAGCUCAAACACGACUCUUCUCCUCGGAACUACCUCUACACUACAGGGCUUGUCUGCAAAUGCUGCGAGAUUUCUGCAGUAGCCGCACACAUGUCCGAUGGUGUUCUCAGGCUUCUCCUCUCCAAGACUCAAAUCGCAACUCAACGCCCACCUUUUCUUGGUGACCCAGACUCCGGACAAGUUGUGGUCAAAGAUCAGUGUUGGACGGCUUCUCACAAACUUCCCCAUGGCACAGAUCUACAUGGUAUUCACAUGCUUACGUGGAGUUUGGUUGUUUUAAAAGCAGAUCCGGUGCUAACGGGUCGGAUAUUGCAGCCACACCCAUGGGUGAACCAAGGAUCUUUGAUGGCUUAUGAGUCGAAGCAGCUCCAAAACGGGUGCCUAUACAUUCGUGUAGAUAUGCCAGGUGUUCCCAAAGAGAGGUUCACGGUCUCCGUUAAGAGUGGGAUAGUGAUGGUGACUGGUGACGCUCCUGCUGUUAGUCACGACUCAGGUGGCCGUUUCUACUCUGCUGAAGUGGCUAUGCUUUCCAAUCCUAUUGACAUUCCUAUCCGUCAGAUCAAAAUAAUCAGCAAGAACGGUGUCAUCCGUUUAAUCAUCCCUCCCGCUUGAUUUUGAUGAUACAUGUUAUUAUGUUUUGUGUAGGGACCUCUUUUUUGAGGAUGAUGUCGUUUAUUAUGGGACCUU